AUGUCCAUGGUUCAGCCUCAAAUACCAUCAAUUGGUCCUGAAAAUCUUCCCAAGUAUCCAGGAAGUGUUUCGGUUUCCAAUAAUGGAAGAGUGGCAAAUUCAUCCCCGAACGGCACUCCUGCGGCUUCAAUUCAUACCGGUAAUACGCAAGGCAUUCGUCUGAAUCUAGAGCAGAUGAUUGAACAGUUUAGUGAAGUUCUGGGAAAGGAAAACUGGAACAAAUAUGCACAAAUUAUUAGUCUCUUUAUUCUUGGCAAGCUUUCCAGAAAAGAGCUCAUGAAUGAGAUCGACUUGCUUUUCAGCUCUCCGGCAGAACUUGCGGGGCAAGAUCGGAUUCACAAAUCAAACCUUAAUCAAGGACGUCUGAUACGAAUGCACAAUAAGCUUUUACUUGCCAUUUUGGCUAAUUCACUCAGAGGCUCGCCCCUGGGGGAAUCAACGGAAGGUUCGUGGGGCUUCAACAAUGGGACGACUAACGCCAACAAGAAGAGGUCAAACAAGCAUAACUCCCAAAUAGAUACUUACAAAAAGAUAGUCAUGUCUCUACCUUCCGAAGAUAGAGGUCGACUGAAAACCAUCACUAAGGAGGCCGGGAAAAGAGGAUUCGUGCUUUGUUCAGUUCUUCAAGCACGUCUGCACACUAUUCCAAAGAUUCCUAUAGUAACCAAUCCGGAUACGUUGAAGAGGGUUAAAGCAAGCAAUUUAAAGACGCCUCUUGAGUGGUCACAGGAAGUGGUGAAUGGAUUUUCAGCACCAUUGGCCACAGAGAGCUAUUGCUUGCCUGAUAGUGACUCGCUUUACCUCCGAAUGAUAAGUCUAGCGCGAGAACAUGGGCUAGUUGGUGCCGUAGAUGGUCGCUGUGUGGAGAUAAUGACUCUUGCUUUGGAAAAUUAUUUGAAGAAUAUUGUGGAGUCGGCUAUUGACACAGUCAGAUAUAGACGAAAAUAUCAUUCAGAAUAUUACGAUUUGAACGAUGAGGGCUUUUUCCAGGGUGUGGCAGGCCCUGAAGAAGACCCCAUACUUGAGGCGGGCGAGAGGAAUCACGAUAUCCGGUCGCUUUCCAACGGAGAGCUGUCAGAAACCUUGGAAAUAUAUCCAAACUUGGUGGCACCGACUGGGGCGUUCCUGAACUUGAAUAUGUGCGGCUUAGCAAAUGAUGAUGAAUUAGUUAACACUAAAAGUAGUGUUGAUGACCUUCCGGAUUUUUUGGAAGAGAAACCAAACUUCACACCAGUGGACGAAAGGAAUGUUGGUAGUAGAGAUGAACUCAAAUGGCUCAUCAAAGAAAUUCUGACUGAAGAUUAA